AUGAACCUCCUACCAAACGAACUUCUCAUUCAGAUCGCAUCACACCUUGACUCUGAUCCUCCCUCAAUUACCAAGUUCGCCCACGAGCCAUCGACAGAACUAACGUCCUGCGGCUUUACACCACUAAAGUUCCUUUCUCAAGUAUCAUGGCGCUGGAGAAAGAUUGUCUUGCCACUUCUCUUCCGUUACUCCCGAAUCUCCCUAGACACAGAGCCGCAAUGGGUGCCAAUCGAUGCACGACUAGUCGAUAGUAUGCAAGGCCACUUAACGACGCUGAGUAAUCAUGAAUUCCAAAUCUACCACAAGAUGCGCAGCAAGUUCAAGAGUAGCUCAACCUUCGCGUAUGAGGAAGCAUUUGAUGACCUUCUUAUCAAUCUUUGUCGAAUCCAAGACGGGGACGAGUUUUUGAAGUCGGUACCGCACCUUCUUUGGCUUCCGCAUCUUCCGAGGACAUUCGCAGACUUCGCGCGGUUUGUUGAGCAGUUCAGUUUGAAGCAUCACAUCAAGGGUAUCGUGGUACACACAGAUAAGGAGUACGGGUUACGCCAUGUUUCUACUGCCGAUGCACCCUUAGCCCGUGCAGUUUCUGAGAUCUGGGACCAGAUCUUCUCUCGUCUCGAACCUACCCGUGUCGUUGUCGCCGCUCCACCAACAACCCUCGCUGGACUGCUGGACACACAGAUGAUGAGCUCUGACGCAUGGGCAUUUGAAAUGAAAAUACACUACAUCGAGCUUCUCCAAUCAGAACCAUUACGCCUUGAACACAUGAAGACCAAAUGUCGACCCUGGGAUUGGGCGCUUGUCCAUAGCCGACCAUGGUACCACCUCGGCUACAAUGAGGGCUCCUCCAUAACUGCAUACAGCACCUACGAAUACCACCUUAAACAAUGCCCAAAGAUGCUCUAUCUCAUCCUCAUUCGCCUUGCCAAAGAAGCCCAGGCUUGUUGCAACAUCACAUCAUUUUGUUUCACAGGCGUGUUUCCGUUCGCUACGAACGUCACCACCCUCGUCCGGGCUCUAGACCGGAUCCCAACUCUCAGGAAGGUGUCUGUUCAGUUUGCGCCCGGGCCGGAAAACACCCUACUCAGCGAGCCGAGCAGAAUGGGUAGAGCACAAUCCAGUGAUUUUUGGCUUGAGUGGACGGAGAGUUACAAAGUUAUUGCGAGUUACCUGGGCGUUUUUGACUUUGAAGAUGGAGCAGAGUUCAGGAGUGGAGAUUGUGACAAUGUGAAACAGGCGAUCGAAGUGGGAGAGUGCAUGGAUCUGUUAAGGAAGAGAGGCACUGGAUGGCGAAAAGAAGGAGAGGUUACGUGGGUUAGGGACCAUGAACUUGAUGAAGAGGCUAGUGGAGAGGUUGUGGUUGUUUGA